AUGUCGAACUCGAGCGACGACGACAUUCCCUUGAAGCAAAGAGUGGCGAAGAAGAAGCCGGCCUCGAAGAAGCCGGUGCUACCUGGUGGAGUGGGGAGUGCUGACGGGGACUUUGCUGCACGAGUCUUUGCCGCGGUACUUCGCGCUGAAAGACAAGGGGGCCUUCAAGGGGGCGGGGGGGGGGCUGCAGAAGGCGUUCAUGAACGGGCUGGACCCCGCGGACAUCAGCGCAGCAGCGAAGAUGUUGAAUGCCAACAGUGGAAACAACUUGCAGUAGAGGAUCCCUGCAGAGCCGAGGUGAACUAA